CUUUUUUUGAACACUUCUUUAAAAACCUCACAUCCAAAGAACUGACUGCUCGACAAACAUCAUGAAAAUACUCCCUUAAACUUCACUCUCUUUCGACAAAGAUGGCUGGGACUCUGACUUUUCUUCUCGUUUGUUCUCUGCUGCAGGGUGCUCUGUGUGAAAAGUGGCCAGUCAAAAUGCCACAGAAUAUAAAUGUCUUGAGAGGAUCCUGUGUGACCAUCCCCUGCUCCUUUGAUAUAGAGAACAAGCAUGAAAAUGACUUAGGUCAUACAUGUAAAGCAUAUUGGACUUAUUCACAUCCAAUUAGUGGUGAAAAUGCAAAACUAAAGCCAACUAAAGACAUGACAGGAGAUCUAACAAAGAAAGACUGCACCACAACUUUCAAUAAUACACGUCUCCUUCAAAGUACUAAAUAUUACUUCAGACUGGAGUGUAAUAAUGACCUGAAAUUCACUUUUACACAAGCUGGUGUGGAUAUUUCAGUAAAAGAUGAUCCUCCCUCUCCGACUCUGACUCCAUCCACACUGGAGGUGAAGGAGGGAACCUCAGUGAGUCUGACGUGCUCUGCUCCAGCUCCAUGUUGGUCUCAUCCUCCAGCUCUGACAUGGACCCCUAACCUGGGUCAGAGUCAGGAGACACUGCAGGAGAAUCAGGACAAAACUAAAGUCAAGUCCUCGGUUAUGAAUUUCACUGCUUCUCACCUCCAUCAUGGAAAUAAAAUCUCCUGCACUGCUGUCUACAGGAAACAAGAUGGUAGCCCUAAUGUCACUGCUGAAACAAGUUUAAUUCCUGUUAUUUCAUAUUCACCGAAAAACAUCACAGUUUCAGUCAGUCCCUCUGGUCCAGUACCAGAGAACAGCAACAUGACUCUGACCUGCAGCAGUAAUGCCAACCCAGCAGUAGAAAACUACACCUGGUACAGAGCUGAUGGAGACCAGGAGGCUCUCAUUGGGACUGGAAGCUCUUUUAAUGUUGCUGUUUCAAAAGUCAAAAGUACAUUUUUCUGCAAGGCUACAAAUGCACUUGGAUGUGAACGAUCAAGAAACCUACAAAUACAUGUUCAAUAUUCACCUAAAAAUAUCACAGUUUCAGUCAGUCCUUCUGGUCCAGUACCAGAGAACAGCAAUGUGACUCUGACCUGCAGCAGUAAUGCCAACCCAGCAGUAGAAAACUACGUGUGGUUCAGAGCUGAUGGAGACCAGGAGAAUUUUAUUGGGACAGGAAUGAGUUUAAAUAUUAAAGUCUCCAGAGACAGAAGAAGAUUUUUCUGCAAGGCUGAAAAUGAGAUCGGAGUUGGACGUUCCAACCUGACUCACCUUGAUGUUCAGUAUUGUGAAACACAUUGUGGAUUUUACAGUGGAGUCCUUCCUUGGGUCCUUGCUGGUGUGUUUUUCAGUAUCAGUGUGAUCUGUGCAGCUUUCCUUUGUAAAGUACAAAAGAAUGUGAAGCCACAAGAAGAGGACAGAACUUACAUGUCGCUGAAUCGUAGAAAUGUCGGCUCUUCAGAGUAUGAUGUCAUUAACACAGCUCCAAAGUGACCUUCACUGA